GUGUCUCUUGGUCGCUUGUUUGUUCAGAGGCAGAUCUUUGUGUGUGUGUGUGUUGUCAGAUAUUCGCCGGGUCCGGUGCGUCUGCCUUCUAACGCCUACAAAGUCAACAACCGUCUGAGCGCCGCUGUGAGAGCGCAGACCAAACAUUCACCCCGCGGGGACAGAAGUAAAACCUCGAAGGGGAAAGACCAGAAAGACACAAAGGAAACUGCUGGAAAAACAAAAGACGAGAAGAAUAAAGCAGAUCUCCAAGAGAAAGAAGUGAAGAAGUUUGAUGGGACGGGAUAUGACAAGGACCUGGUGGAGGCUCUGGAGAGGGACAUCAUAUCUCAGAAUCUCAACAUUAAGUGGGAUGACAUUGCAGACUUGGAAGAUGCCAAGAAGCUCCUGAAGGAGGCGGUAGUGUUGCCCAUGUGGAUGCCAGCGUUUUUCAAAGGCAUACGAAGGCCGUGGAAGGGCGUGCUGAUGGUGGGACCGCCCGGCACGGGGAAAACACUUCUGGCUAAAGCGGUUGCGACUGAAUGCCGAACAACGUUCUUCAACGUGUCCUCGUCCACUCUGACCUCCAAGUACAGAGGCGAGUCUGAGAAACUCGUCCGCCUUCUCUUUGAAAUGGCACGUUUUUAUGCUCCCACCAUCUUCAUCGACGAGAUUGACUCCAUGUGCAGCCGCAGGGGGACGUCGGAGGAGCACGAGGCCAGUCGCAGAGUCAAAGCCGAGCUGCUGGUGCAGAUGGAUGGUGUUGGUGGAGCAACAGAGAGUGAUGAUCCAUCAAAGAUGGUGAUGGUUCUGGCUGCCACCAACUUCCCAUGGGACAUUGAUGAGGCUUUGAGACGGCGACUUGAGAAGAGGAUCUACAUCCCGCUGCCUUCAGCCAAAGGCCGCGUGGAGCUGCUCAGGAUCAGCCUGAAGGAGCUGGAGCUGGCCGACGACGUGAACCUGGACAAGAGAGAGCAGAUGGAGGGUUACUCCGGAGCCGACAUCACCAACGUCUGCAGGGACGCCGCUCUGAUGGCCAUGAGGAGUCGAAUCGAGGGCCUCACGCCGGAGGAGAUUCGCAACAUUUCCCGGGAUGAGAUGCACUUGCCAACCACCAUGAACGACUUCGAGUCGGCGCUGAAGAAAGUGUCCAAAUCUGUGUCUGCGGCAGAUCUGGAGAGUAUGAAAAGUGGGGUGGAAGAGUUUGGGUCAUGUUGAAGUAAAAACUAAAUCUGAAGCGAAGACAGAGAGUCUGUUAGCUGGUUCACCAGCAAACCGCUUGGCCGUAGUCAUGUUUAAUCAUUAAACAGAAGCAGACUUCAUGGAAUUUAUGGGCAAAAUGUCACCAGGUGAAAUUCUGAUAUUUGUUCAAAAUUUUGCUUGUGAACUCUGCACACGAGGACCAAUCAGAGUAAAUUCCAGCUAACGUGAAAACCCCUAAAAACCGAGUGAGGAAAGACACCAAGACAUCUGUGACAGCUCUGGAGUUCCAGGCUCUGCAGAGUCCUUCUUCUUCGUGAGUGUUCUUUUCCAUUAAGACUUUCUUCUACUCAAAUAGACCAAAGUUGUUCUCUUCAGUUCCAGAAACAGGAAUUCUGUUUAGACAUUUGUUUCUGUUUUGAAAUUGGAGUUAUUUUUUUUUUUUUUGUACUAAAAUCCUAAAUACUUUAGUUUUGAUGUCAUAAAAUACAUGUAAAAAAUGACAUCAUAUAAGUUAUUUAUGGCUUUAUGGUCAUGUGACAGUUUAUGGGGGCGGGGCCACUCGUGUCCGCACCAUCAGUCGAUGUUGACUUCUUCUUUCGCUGCACUUUCUUAAAACACCAGAGUUGAUUUAUUUAUUUCCAAUGUGUUUCCAUUAUGGAGUGCUUGUUUAUUUUCCCAUUUGUCCUAAAAGUUACUUUUUGUUCUGUGCAGAAAUGUCAAUUAAGUGUGU